AUGCCAGCCCCCGGGGGUGGGGGCUCAAGGCUGGGCCGCGGGCUCCGCCGGGGUCGCGGCGGUUGCCUCCUGCCGGGCGGCGGUGGGGGGGGGGGCGGGGAGACGAAGCACUUCCCCACCCCGCCCCCCCGCGGGGCGGCGGCGGCCACGGAGCUGCUGGGCCUAAUCCAGGUCAGGAGGGGGGGGCGCGGCCGUCGCGGCUGCCUCUGCUACUGCCUCAGCUGCUGCUGCCCCCGCCGACGCCCGAGCCGCGGCCGCGGGCCUCAUCCUACUCCGCCUCAGAGCGGCGGCGGCGGCCAGAACGAGGCCAGCUGCGGGCCUGCGUCACGCCGCCGUGCGUGCUCUGGUCCCGCCCCCGGCGCCGGGAGGUGUGGGCGGCCCCGGCUGCGCGCCUGCUCCUCCGGCCGCAGCUGCUCUGGGGCUGAGUCAGUUUCUGAGGCGCUGACGGUUGGCGGGGCGAGGGGCUCGGAAACCUCUGGUCUCCCCCACAGCCACUUCGCCCUCCCAGCUGGGCUCAGCUCCUACCUGGGCACGACUCUGACUGUCGUCUCGCCACCUCCUGCCAAGGUAGCAGUCCUUGGAUCAUACAGAGAAAUGAAAAGAAGGAGGAGGAUUUACUUAGUGUUUGAACAUUGCUGUUCUGAAUUUAACAAUGGAACACCAAUAAUAAGACCUCUUUCACUGUUGGUGAAUGCUGGAAAGUCCUGGAGGAAACUGUUGAUGAGGACUUGGCAGAACAGUCAAGCAAUUGUUAUUGGAAGCUGGAGGAAACUUUGGUAACAUGGUACUUUAUGGUAAUAUAGGAAAUAAAUACCGAAUGGGCCAAAGGAUCUGUCUGGGGAGUUUCUGAACACAAAGUGCAAAACUGACUUUUUUUUUUUUUUUUAAGCUAUCUACAGUAAAAUACGAGACAUAAACUAAAGGGCCCAUAUAGUAUUUCUAGUCAGCAUAAGAAUUUCAAAGGAACAAAUGGCCUCAUGGUAAAGAUCAAAUCCCAGUUAUUGAUAGUAAAAUGGGAUCGCAGGGUGAAAACAAGUCGAGGAUGAAAUG